AAAUCCAAAAUUAAUGAGAACAUUAACUGAUAUUUCUAAAGUUGCUCAAUGGAUCGAGAAAUUAAAACAACUUACUGAAGUUGAAACAUUGAGUGACUUGAGAGACGAUGAAACUUUGACAUUAGGAAAAUUAUGUGAUUCUUUUGAACUAUUACAUGAAAGGCUUAAAGUACUUGAUGAUGCAUGCUGGGCAUUGAUUAAGGAGUUAUCCCUUUCAGGAGACUUUUUGGACUGGCUUAGGACAAUAGCUGAUCAUGAUAUUAAGAAUUUGAUUAAUGGAGUAGACGAUCAUUCUGAUGAAAGACUUAUUCAAGAAGAUACGGUGUCAUCUCUUAUUCAAGUUAAACAAUUCCUUUUACCAAUCAUGAUAAAUGCAGAAAAUUUCUCAUUGGAACAAUUUUUGGAUGAAAUACGAAAUGUUGCAGAAACUAAUUCUUCAUUAGCCAGUAAAAUUAUUUUGUGUAAUUGUAACAAUAUGGCAUUACAAAAUAUGUACGCUGCUAUUUCGAAUCGUGGUGAAGUAACCAAGGAAAAGAUUUAUAAUGCAGUCAAGAUUGGUGUCUAUGAAUUUAGAUGGACAUCAAAAGAUGAUGUAUGUUCUGCUACUCUAUCUUAUUCAUCUAAAAAUGGCACUAAGAUGACAUAUUCUAUGAGUGAUUUACAAGAUUUAC